UGGACGGACCACGCAGGCAUUUAUUUUUGCAGAUGAUCGCAGAAACACCGAUCAAUCGAUGUUGCUUUGCUCAGCGUGCUGCUUCCCACCUCCGUGUUUGACAUGUAGCUAGCCUUUAAAUUCGUGUCAUGUGCGACUGUGGAAAAUAACACGGUUGGGUGCUUUGUUUCUUCUGUUUUAUAAAUCGUCUGGAAAAUGUUUUCGUCCACGUGGAAUUUUCUGAAACGCCACAAAAGGAAAUUUAUUUUCGCUGGAGCUUUUGUCGGAGGUGUGUACUUUCUUGGUAAAUAUGCUCAAAAGAAAAUCCGAGAGAUACAGGAGCGAGAGGCAUCAGAGUACAUCGCUCAAGCCCGACGUCAGUUCCACUUCGAGAGUAACCAGAGAACGUGCAACAUGACAGUGUUGUCAAUGCUUCCUACAUUAAGAGAAGCCAUUUUACAUCAUCUAAACUCUGAGAGCCUCACUACACUGCUGAAGAGCAAACCAGCAAAUAAACUUGACAUAUGGGAGGACCUGAAGAUUAUCAGUUUCACCCGAAGUGUUGUGGCUGUGUACAGUACAUGUAUGUUGGUUGUUUUACUCCGUGUCCAGCUCAAUAUCAUUGGUGGCUACCUAUACUUGGACAACUCUGUCAGCAAGAGUGGAAUGAUGCCCUUGGCCCCUCCAGACGUGCAACAACAGUACCUCUCCAGCAUCCAGCAUCUCCUUGGGGAUGGGUUGAGUGAGAUGAUAACAGCGGUUAAGAAAGCUGUGCAGAACACAUUGGGCGGGGUGUCCCUGAAGCAGAGUCUGUCCCUUCAGGAGCUGGAGCAGCACCUUAACCAGAUCAGGGCCCAGGUGGAGGAGGGAGACGGGGGCUCCACACACAGACCUCUCUCCUGGUACAUGAUGCCUGACGAGGAGAACACUCUGGCUGCACAGGCCUGUGGUCUGACUGAGAAUGAUAUCACUACGAUAAAGCUGCUCAAUGAGACCAGAGAUAUGCUUGAAAGCCCGGACUUCGGCACUGUACUCAACACCUGCCUGAACAGGGGCUUCAACCGUUUCCUUGACAACAUGGCAGAGUUUUUCCGGCCCCCACCCGGAGCACAAGGGGACUCCACCCCCAUCACUACACCUGAUAGUCUCUCGCAUGUAAGUCUCCCAGUUGCCAAAAUCAUCCCCAUUGUGAAUGGACAGAUCCACUCGAUCUGCAGUGAAAUACCAAGUCACUUUGUACAGGAUCUCCUGAUGAUAGACCAAGUGAAGGAGUUUGCUGCCAAUGUGUAUGAGACAUUCAGCACAUCCCAUGAACUGCAGAAAUAAGGGAGUUGACAUAUUCCUGGUUGACCUGGCCCGCUCUUCCUGCUCUGUAUCUUUGCAUGACGCUGCCUGCUGUGGACAUCACAAAUGGAGUAAGAAAUGCUCUUAUUCUCUGUACCAAGUCAGAAUACUUGAGGACUGUUCCAUUGUGGAAUGUAAUGCCAUGAACUGCUGCCUACUCUAGCUGUAGACCUCAAGGUGAGAUACCCACUGCAUCUUGGGAAGUUGAGUUUUCAGCUCACGGUUUAUAAAGCCAGCCAGACUCCUCUGAAUCAAAGUAACUUUCCUGUGUCAUGAAAAAUAAAUAAAAUCCUGAAAGCCUUGUCCCACUUUACGUAGACGUUGUUUCGAUACAUUAACCAUAACAAGUUGAACUACUGUCGCUUUGAGUUUGAACUAUUUUCUCCUUUCUAUUACUGUGGUUGAAGAGUCAACCCUUACCUUCCAUUUUGACCUUUCAUCUACAAAUAUCAACAGUGCUGUGUCAUCUAGGCUGCAAGUUCUCAUUCCACCUCAUUCUAAUUCCUGUUUAACAAUGUUCAGUAUUGUUUAAUACAUAAUUCUGCACUUUCUAUGUUGUCUCUUUGUUUGAAAUGUAAUCUUUAAGGUUUAUUUUCUUAAAUCAUGGGAAUUUCAGAGGUGAGAAUGUAGGCCUAUGUAUUAUAUAUUUUGUAACAACAUUCUUAAUGACAACAGAAAAUGUUGUAGUGUUGACAUUGAAAAUUAUAAAGUAACACAUGAUUUAAUAUA